AGCAGUCUAUAGUUCCAAACCAGAUAAUUAUGAUGAAGAAGCUCUUCAAGCUUGGAAGUAUAUCAAAAGUUCUUUUAAAGAUAUUAGAACAUUGGUCUUGAAUACUUUGUUAUUUACAAAUGAUAUUCAUUAA